AUGCAUCCGCUAAAUCAAAUUCCGUCAGAUAAUGUCAUCAAUACAAAGUCACAUACGAACAUUUCACAACAAUUACCACGAACAUCGCAAGUGAAAGUUGGCGAUAAAUCUAUUCUUCAGCCAAAUCCAACAGAUAAUCAAACGACAGAUGUUCACAGUCGUUCAGUUUUCAUCGAUCCAAAUUUACAAUGGCAUAGUGUAACAUCAAAAUCUUUAUUUGAAGUACCACGUCUUUCAAAUACAUAUUCCGAUAUUCCAUUACAUAUAACAUUACCGGACAGAAGUCCAACACAUAAUCAAAAAUUACUUCAUAAACAUGACGUUGCUUUAGAAAAUCGUCUAUUAAACGCCGGUUUAUCACCAGAAACUAUUGCACUUUACGAAAGAAUUCUUGAAGUUUCCGAUGUUCGUCAAAUGGCCAUAAAAUCACCACCAAAAAUAAUCAAUCAGUAUCGACAUAAAUAA